GUACACACGCACCUGUAUAGGCACUGUUGUUUACAACAUUACGUCAGGUAUAGGCUGUCAUGUAAAGGGCAUUGCAUAUUACUUGAUGCCUAUAGCGGUCUUGUAAUAGGCGCUCAUGUACACACGCACCUGUAUAGGCACUGUUGUUUACAACAUUACGUCAGGUAUAGGCUGUCAUGUAAAGGGCAUUGCAUAUUACUUGAUGCCUAUAGCGGUCUUGUAAUAGGCGCUCAUGUACACACGCACCUGUAUAGGCACUGUUGUUUACAGCAUUACGUGUAGACGCAUGCAUAUACCUGGCAAGUAUACACCACAGCCUAAACAAGGUCAGGUAUUCUACAUAUAUACAGGGUCCUCUAUUAGGCAAACAUGUACAUAUGUCCCUCUUUAGGUCUGGGCCUUUAUUUCUCGUAUAAUACGUGUACACCUAACUGGCCUAUAUACCUUUCACCUAUUUUCCCGAAUAUCUCG